GAAAAGAAGGCCAAGCGGUGGGGUUUUGAAACCCUUUCUCUUGCUGGGCACCAGAGGAAAGGCGAGAAGAGGAACGGCGAGAGGCGAGACGAGAUAGAUGGCCGUUCCGGGGAGGCGCAACGGUCUGAUGGACGAUGGAGAGGAUGAGGAGGGGCCUUUCGACGAGGUGGAAGGAGAGGCCUGGGACGAUCUCGACCGCGACGUCCCUCCCCAUCUCCGCGCCCUCGUCGACGCCGCCCAGCGCGGCAACGUCGACGCCCUCCGCCUCGCCCUCGAUAAUCACAGUGGCAGCAUUGACGAUCCAGUUGAAGAUGGUGAUACCGUCCUUCACUUGUCUUGUCUCUAUGGCUAUCUUCCAUGUGUACAGCUACUGUUGCAACGGGGUGCUAACUUAGAGUCCAAAGAUGAGGAAGGGGCAAUUCCUCUUCAUGAUGCUUGUGCUGGAGGAUUUACCGACAUUGUUCAAUAUAUAAUCAACUUUGCUGGUAGCCCUGAUUGUGUUGAGCGAAUGCUGAAUAUCACUGACGCUGAAGGAGAUACUCCUCUUCAUCAUGCAGCCAGAGGUGAACAUCUGGAUGUCAUACGGUUGUUGCUUGCAGCUGGGGCUUCUCCUAAGAAGACAAAUGUAUAUGGAAAGACUCCUGCUGAGCUUGCGGAUCCAGAUACAGAAGUUUGGAGUGUUUUAACAGCAGCAGCGGCUUCUGUCCCAGAUGCUGUUCGCUGCCAGUAGGAUUGGCAGAACAUUUGAAAGCCAGUCGUAAGUACAGCCUCCUUUUUUCCACUUCUACGGUAAACUGAAGCUUUCUAUAGGAAUGAUUUGGUAAGUUGAAAUGUAUCAGGAUGGAGAUUGUUUUUGGUUUACUUGGUUAGAAUGGUUUCAUUAUAAACAUAUUGCUUACAAUUAAAACUUUUGAUUUGGGUAUAAGCACUGUUUGCUUUUGGUAUACCCAGGGUCAUAAUGUGUACUCUCAAAUUUCUAGUAGAUUAUUUAAUGAAUCAGUUCCUUGAUUAGAUCUCUUCAUAUUCUGUAAA